AUGUCUACUCAAGUACUGCCACGAAAAGCUCAAGAGGAUGAUCAUCUUUCUCCUCGACAAAGAAAAGCUGCAACAGCUGAUUGUUUCAGUCCACCAAGACGACAUGAUACUUCUUCUUGUCGAAAACGACAUCCAAGAGAUGAUAAUAGUUCAACUCCUCCAACACAUCGAGAUAAACAUUCACCUUCUCAUCGACGAAAUGAUCGACAAGAAUCAUUAUCAUCAUCUACACAUCGUCGUCAACCAAAAGAAAAAAAACCAUCAUCAUCGUCAACAUAUCGUCGAUCAGAACGCGAAUCAUCUCCACCACCUUCUCAACCGGCUAAAUCAGAACGACGAUGCCUAGCUGAACAUCAAGAAAAAAUAGCUGAACGAUAUGCACAAUGGGGUUGUGGUUUAGCUCAAGUUCGACAAUCAGAAGAUGUUCUCAAAGAUUAUUUAGAACAAGCUGAAAAACCAUUGACACGUUAUCGAGAUGAUAAAGAUCUUGACACUAUGCUUAAACAAAAAGAACGUCAAGAUGAUCCAAUGCUCAAGUAUCUUUCCAAUAAAACAUCUGAUGUUUCCGAUCGAUCAAAUACUCGCAAUAAUUCUCCAGUUAAACCUCGUUAUAGAGGUCGUGAUCCUCAAACGAACAGAUUCCAUAUAUGGCCUGGAUAUCGAUGGGAUGGUCUUGAUCGAUCAAAUGGCUUUGAAAAGAAAUUAUUUGCAUCGAUUGCUGAUCAAUAUGUUCAAGCUCAACAACAACAACAAUCUCAAUCACGAAGACCAUCACCACCAUUUCAUUUAUUAAAUCAUUAUCCAUUUGAACCACUAUCAACUAGUAGUGCAAAUCUUUUGGAUUAUUGGGUGAUUUUGUUAACAGAUAUUUCAUUAGCUGAAACAGCUCUAAAUAAAGUAGCUUCAUUUUCUGGUGAUACACAUGAUGGUGAAAUUCUUCCACUUACUGAACAACAAUUUAGUACAUUUCGUUUAGAUUGUCAACCAAUAUUAGCUGAUAUCUAUCAAAUUUAUACAAGUUCACCAAAAGAAUCACAUGCAGCAAUAACAACAGAAACACAUCUUCCUACAUCAAUUACAAAUCCACUGUCUGAACCAUCACCACAGUUUUAUUUUUACUUUAAUAUAAAAAAAUUGGGUAGUAGAGAUAAACUUCGAAAAGUAGCUGAUGAUAAUCGAGAAUCUCAAUAUGAUUAUGUAUUUGCUGUUUCAGUCGUUACAGAUAAUCAUAUGGCUCGUUCGGCAAUUAAUCAAUUUAUUCGAGUUGGUCAUCAAGAAUUACUUGAUGAAAUUAUUCGUUUCGAAAUGAUUUAG